AUUAAUGCUGCAAAGAUCGUCUUCUUUGAAUGGGUGUGUAUGUGGUUUCUGGUGUUUCUGCAGCCAGGUUGCCGCUUGGUUAAGAGACAGGAUUUGAAAAUGGAGAGACUCAAUGUUACAGAUAUCUGGAGGGAGGGAGUUCCAGAGGCGGGGGGCAGACCGGCUGAAGGCUCUGGACCCCAUGGUGGUUAAGUGGGUGGGUGGUGUAGUGAGGUUAUUGGAAGAAGAAGACCUGAGAGUGUGGCUGGGUGUGUUGAUGUGCAGAAGUUCAGAGAGGUAUGGAGGAGCGAGGUUAUGGAGGGCCUUAGAGGUGAGGAGAAGGAUCUUGAAAUCGAUACGAGUUUGAACAGGAGCAAGUGAAGCUGCUGAAGGACAGGAGUGAUGUGAUUAAUGGACAGAGUUCUGGCGAUGAUACGAGCAGCAGAGUUCUGGACCAGUUGGAGUUCAUGGGUGGAUUUGAGAGGGAGACCAAAGAGGAGGGAAUGUAAGAUGUAACCAGGGUGUGAACGAGAACUGCAGUACUGUUGGGUGUGAGAGACAGGCGGAGGCGGUUGAUGUUACGUAGAUGGAAAUAUGCAGACCAAGUGACAUUAUUGAUGUGAGACUGAAAUGAUAGUGUGCUGUUGAGGAUGACACCCAGACUCCUAACCUGGGGGGAGGGAGAAACUGAGGAGUUAAUGAUGGUAAGUGGGAAACUGUCGGGCUUUGAAAUGUUGGAUUUUGUGCCAAUGAGGAGAACCUCGGUUUAUCACUGUUUAAUUUGAGAAAGUUGAAGGUGAACCAGGAUUUUAUUUCAUUCAGACAGUCAGAGAGGAGACUGGGUGUGAGAGAGGCAAACAAGCAGCAUACAAACACAAUACAGGAUACAUGACUGUAAAACAUGACAAGACAUGAAAUAACAUGAACCAUAAAAUCACAUCACAACAAAGUUUAUGACCAACAACAACCAGCCAUUCAUUUAAUCAUCGUACAGGAUACAUGAGAAUAACACUUGACAUGAAGUAACAUUUGAACCAACAUAAACACUAUUCUCAUGUUAGGUUUGUUAUCCUCAGUAACCAAACUGACCUCCACACUCAUCUUUUUCUCUCAUUCUCAAACCCUGCUGUUCUUUUCCAGUUGAAUCAGUCUCUGAUGUUUACAGCAGAGUGACGUCAUGGCGACUGCAGCAGCAGGUGAGUCCAGUCAGACUUUAACAGACACAGAUGAUCUGUUGCCUCUGAGGCGCAGGAACAGCAUGGAAUUGUUACCACCUCACAUGUCUGAGCUGAGGGUGGUUCUGCUGGGGAACAGCUGGUCUGAGAGGAGUUCAGUGGGAAACUUUAUACUGAGAGUGUCUGAGUUCAGCACUGACGAAGAAUCAAACCAGUGUCUCAGAAUCAGUGGAACAAUAGAGGGAAACAAAAUAUCUGUCAUUAACACCCCAGACCUGCUUAAACAUGACAUCUCUCCAGAACAGCUGACAGAUUAUACAGAAGACUGUGCACAUGCCUCUUAUCCUGGACCUCCUGUGUUCCUGCUGGUUCUACAGCCUGAAGACUUCACUGACAAACACAAACAGAGUCUCUGCAGAGCACUGGAACAUUUCAGUGAUCGAUCAUAUGAUCAUUCACUGGUAUUGAUUUUAUCACCAAGAGAGGAGAGUCCAGGCUUAAAGAAGAAAUACAAGGAACACCCUCCAUUAAGAGACAUGAUCAAAAAGUGUAAAUACAGACACUUGAAACAGGAACACCUUGACCAUUCAGAGCUGUUAACACGUUUGGGUCAAAUAGUAAAGGAGAAUAGUGGAGAGCAUGUCAUCUACAAAGCAUCUGAGGAAACAACAGCUUCAUUACAUGACUAUCAUCAGAGCCUGAAACCACAGGGAAUACUGUCUUCUGUUAAAGCCUUUGAAUCUGGAUUCAAGAUCGUCCUGCUGGGAAAAAGUGUGGACCAAAAGGCAAAAAUGUCCAACUUAAUCAUCUAUGAUCAAGCUGAUUAUCAUGGAAAACACCCUCAAACCAGACGAGCCAGACACUGUGAGGCCACCUGUGGAGAGUGGAGAGGAAAACCACUAACAGUGGUGAAAACUCCAGACCUGUUCAGUCUGAUUAUGGAGGCUGUGAGAAGAGAGGUGGAGAGCUGUGUGAGUCUUUGUCCUCCAGGACCAAAUGUUCUGCUGCUGUUAGUGAAACCUUCUGAUUUCACUGAAAAGAACAGACAAACACUGAAGUUCAUCCUCAGUCUGUUUGGUCAAGAUGCUUUACAGUACUCAAUGAUCAUCAUGACACACAAGGAGAAUAAAAGUAGAACUGUAGUAGAUAAGCUUAUUAAAGACUGUGGAGGACGACACCAAGAGAUGACACCUGAUGAUCGUAACCUGUUAAUGGAGAAGAUUGAGAGCAUUGUGUGUAGAAACAAAGGAACCUACCUAACAUGCUCUGAAGAGUCCAUAAGACCAAAGUCUGAAUACAUGAAACCAGCUUUAAACCUGGUCCUGUGUGGGAGGAGAGGAGCAGGGAAGACUUCAGCAGCAAAGGCCAUUUUAGGUCAGACAGGUCUUCAUUCAGCCUCCAGCUCAUCAGAGUGUGUUAAACAUCAGGGAGAGGUGUGUGGACGUUGGGUUUCCCUGGUGGAGCUUCCUGCUCUGAGUGGAAAACCUCUGGAGACAGUGAUGAAGAAAUCACUCAGGUGUGUCUCCCUCUGUGAUCCUGAAGGUGUCCAUGCCUUCAUCCUGGUCCUACCUGUGGGUCAUCUCACUGAUGAAGACAAGGGAGAGUUAGAGAUGAUCCAGGACACCUUCGGAUCUCAAGUCAAUGACUUCUCCAUGACUCUGUUCACUCUAGAGUCAGAUCCUACAGCUCCAGCGGAUGUUAACUUUGUAAAGAAAAACAAGGAAGUUCAGGAUCUCAUUCAGAGCUGUGGAGGAAGAUCUUUUGUUCUCAACAUCAAGGACCAGCAGCAGAUCCCAGAGCUGUUGGACACGAUGGAAAAGAUGAGACUCAGACUCUACAAAGACAAACCCUGCAGCUACACAACAGAGACGUAUGCACAUGCUCAAAUGGAAACCAUCGGCAGACUACAUGCUAAGCUUGAAGAGCCGGUUACUCGUGAUGAUGAGAAGCAGAGCUCAGAGAGUCUCAGGAUUGUGCUGAUCGGGAAGACCGGCUGUGGGAAGAGUUCUUCAGGAAACACCAUUCUAGGAAGAAAGGAGUUUAAAGCCAAAUCAAGUCAAACAUCAGUCACUAAAGACUGUCAGAAAGCAGAAAAUGAAGUGAACGGUCGUCCUGUCACUGUGGUCGACACUCCUGGUCUGUUUGACACGACUCUGUCUCAUGAAGAGGUUCAAGAAGAGAUGAUAAAAUGCAUCAGUCUUCUGGCUCCAGGUCCACAUGUCUUCCUGUUGGUGCUAAGAAUUGGUAGAUUAACACCUGAGGAGAAGGAGACAUUACAACUGAUCAAAGAAGGCUUUGGGAAGGAUGCUGAGAAGUUCACCAUCAUCCUUUUAACUGGAGGAGAUUCACUUAAAAAGGAGAAGCUUUCCAUUGAAGAAUACAUAAAAACAGGAUGUGAUGAUUCCUUCAAGAAACUGAUCUCUGACUGUGGAGGAAGAUACCACGUGUUCAAUAACUAUGACGAACAAAAGAGAACUCAGGUCAGUGAGCUGAUGGCAAAGAUCGACACCAUGGUGAAGACAAAUGGAGGCAGCUGCUACACCAACGAGAUGCUGCAAGAAGCUGAAACUGAUAUAAAGAAAGAAAUGGAGAGGAUCUUAAAGGAGAAAGAAGAGGAGAUGAAGAGAGAGAGGGAGGAACUUCAAAGAAAACAUGAAGAAGGAAUAAAAGAAAUGGAGGAAAAAAUUAAAAAACAAGAAGAAGACAUGAAGAAAGAGAGAGAAAAGAGAGAUAAAGAACUUAAAGAAAAGGAGGAAAUCAUUCAGAAGGAACAAGAGGACAGAAGGAAAGAAAAGGAAAUGAGGAGAAGAAGAAGACAGGAAGAGGAAAGAACAGGAAGAACGGCAACGACUGGAGUGGGAACAGAAACUUGAAGCUUUGGAGAGAAAGAUAAAGAUAGCAUCAGAGGAAAAAGAAACUACUGACAGAAAGCUGGAAGAAGUCAGAGAAAAGAUGAGAGAAGAAAGAGAGAGCUUAGAGAAACAACAAAAAGAGUGGUGGGAAAAACGAAAUCAAGAAGAGGAACAGAGAUGACAGGAGGAACAAACAAGACUCAGAAAAGUUCAAGAAGAGUUUGAACAGGAAAGAGAAAAUUAUGAAAAGAAAAGAAAGGAAGAGGAUCAGAUAAGACAGGAAGAAGAGGUAAGCGAGAAGAAAGCCAUAGAGGAGAAGUUUAAGACAGAAAUUGAGAGUCUGACAAAGAAGCAUGAAGAUGAAGUCAGAAAGAAAGCUGAAGAGUUCAAUGAGUUCAAAGAGAAAUACAGAAAGGAAUCAGCAGCUCAGAAGGAAGAGUACGAGAAACAAAUGAAAGACAAAGAUGAGAAAUAUGACCUCUUGAAGGCGCUUAAAGCCCACAAUGAAGAAGGAAUGAGGAAGAAACAUCAACAACAUAUUUGUGACAUUGUGAAAUGUGUGAACAAAACAAAUCACAACCUGAAAGAAAUCAGUGAGUUACUGAGAACACAGGAAGAAGAAAUGAAAAAGCAGGAAACUGAGGAGGCAAAGAAAAGUCUGCAGAACAAACAUGAAAGAGAAAUGGACUACCUGUUGAAGAAACUUUUGAAUCAAGCCGACGACUCAUGGUGGACUUACCUUGAAAAAAGUUUUAAGUUUUAAGUAACUGAAACUAAAAAAGCAUCAGACAUACUGUGGUUGUUUUUUAUUGGACAGCAUAUCACGGUCACAGGAAUACUUCUCCUGAUGGUCAUUUGUUUGAAUCUGCUGUCUCUGAAGCUGCAGGUAACCAAAGCAACAGUAAUGAUGCUUCAAGCUUAAUCAACAGGUGACAGGAAAACUAAAGACUCUCUACAUCUAAGGAGAAAACAAGCAGCUGACCUCAGAUGAGGUGACUUAAUCAAUGUGGUGCUGGAACAAAGUUAAUCCAAAGAAUGAACCUUUAUCUAACACCAGUUUCUGACUCCAGACAUGAAGUUGUCUCAUCACAGUUAUCUGUAGAGGAACGUUUUAUCUGAAGCUGAAAAACAUUACUGAUAAACAUAGACACAGAGGAUGUUAUACUCAGUGAACUAUUGAGGAUGUAAGCUCUGUCUUAGCAGCUCGUAGAUCACAGUUAACAGCCUGUCUUCUCUUGGUGAGGAUGUUUGUGAGGAUGUGUUGUUCAAGUUGUGACUUAUGACUUCUCUGUGUCUCUAUAUGACAUAACAACCUUUAAUGAGCUUGGUGAUGUCUUAAAAACUGAGCUGCAGGUUUUGAGUUUUCUCCAGGUUUAAGUGUCACCUUGUUACAUGAGGUGAUGAAAACAUGCAGAUUUGAAGCUCUGAUUGAAAGGGGAGAUUGAAUCUGGCCCUGUGUCUGUGUAUCUGCUGCCCUCUGCUGGUUUCCUGUUAUCAUUGGUUACUGCUCAAACAGUCUGCAGUGUGCUCCAGCUGAAACAACAUCUUGUUUUCUUUGAAUAGUUUUCUUAACAUGUGAGACAGAAAGAAGUGAACUAGUGUCUUUACAGUGUGCUGUGCAGUUUGUUUUGUAAAGACUGGAGUUCAUGUUUGUUUCUAAAACUUCUCUUGGACAGGCAGAUUGUGACAAAGUGUAUUCUGCUCUCACCCAAAUCUAACAAACUAUAAUGAAGCAGCAACAUUUAAAAGCUGAAUAACUCACUCAGUUAUGAUAAUAGUUUCAUCUUUAACUUUCAUAAUCUUCUAUAUUUGACUUUAUUUCUUUAAUGUGUUUCCAGUUCUAUAUCUUUGUUUGGUUAAACAUGAAGUAAGACUUGAUUUGGUGAAACUGAUCACAUUAACUUCAGAUAAAUCUUGAAGUGUACAUUCUGUGUUUGAUCAUUAGAAACUGUUUCCCUGAUAAUCAGUGUGGACUGAUGUUCAUAUAAUAAACUCUAUAAUAAUCUGA